AUGAGUGAAACUGACGCAGCGAGUCUCGAUCCAACGGCUGAUAAUAUUUCGUCUCUGAUAAUUCGAGACUCGAGAACUUUCAUUUCCUCUACGAUAGAAGCAAAAAUGGCGAAAGGUCCCGGUCUGUACACCGAAAUCGGCAAAAGAGCCAGAGAUCUUUUGUACAAGGACCACAACAGUGACCAGAAAUUCAGCAUCACCACCUACUCUCCAGCCGGUGUUGCCAUCACUUCAACUGGAACUAAGAAAGGUGACACACUGUUGGGAGAUGUAGCUUUUCAAUCCAAGCAAAAGAACGUUACUACUGACUUUAAAGUCUCCACAGAUUCUACCGUUUUGAUCACUGCUACGGUUGAUGAGGCUGCACCUGGAUUGAAGUCAAUCUUCAGCUUCAAGGUCCCUAACCAAAAUUCCGGCAAGAUUGAGCUACAGUACUUGCAUGACUACGCCGGUAUUAGCACGAGCAUGGGAUUGACUCAGAACCCGACUGUCAACUUCUCCGGUGUGAUCGGCACCAACGUCUUGGCAGUUGGUACUGAUGUUUCCUUCGAUACCAAAUCCGGCAACUUCACCAAGAUCAAUGCUGGUCUAAGCUUCACCAAGGAUGAUCUUAUCGCCUCCCUUACCCUGAAUGAUAAGGGUGAUUCGAUGAUCGCGUCGUACUACCACAGUGUAAACCCGCUGUUCAACACUGCGGUUGGAGUAGAAGUGAGCCACAAAUUCUCGAGCAAGGACAACACGAUCACCGUGGGCACUCAGCACUCGCUCGACCCCUUGACCUCGGUGAAGGCGCGUGUGAACAGUGCGGGCAUUGCAAGUGCACUCCUUCAACACCAGUGGAGACCAAAGUCGUUUUUCACCAUCUCAGGAGAAGUUGACACUAAGUCCAUUGAUAAGAGUGCUAAAGUUGGAUUGGCUCUCGCUCUCAAGCCUUGA